ACAUAGUUGCCAUAUAACCGCCAUGUUGUCUGCAGAGGAGUGCCUCCAAUGGUCGGUUUCAACAUUGAAGAAGCAUUUGCAAUCCCAGGGUGUUGUCACCACAGGUUCAAAGGAGAAUUUGGUGGAACGAAUGCUGAUGCUCUCUGAGCCAUCGAGCCCACUGAAGUUCAAGGAGAAAGUAAAGACUUCGAAGGCCAAGCCGGCAACAAAAUCAGGAAAGUUGACGAAAGAUGUGAAAGCCAAAGGUGCAAAAGUUGAAAAGGUGAAGAAAGCGAAGCCGGUGAAGACCGUAAAGGCCGUGAAGGCUGUGAAGGCCAUGAAGGCAGUAAAGACGGCAAGGGCCAAGGCAGCUGAUGAUGUUGGAGACCUCCACUCUUCGGUGGCUUCGUUGAAUGGGUGCCUUCGAAAGGUGCCAAAUGUAAACGUGGGCAAGGCCCUGUUGGGACCUGGUCCUUGCCUUUUGAAAGCGUUGCCCAAGACGUCUGCUUUGAAACCCAGCACUUUGUCUAUGCAGCAUCGCUUAGCCGUCCGACUUUACACCGCAGAGGAGCCUCUCCCCCUCUACAAAGCUCUGAAUGAGCCAUUUCAUGCAACUUCACGGAGCCCAAACUCCAUUACGAACCAGGCGCCUUUCCUCAAAAUCAUGGCGCAGGCAGUCCGAGCUUUGGCGAAGGGAAAAGCUUUGUACACCGGACCGGCUUACAGAGGUGUCAAAGUAGCAAAGAGCCCACUACUGAAAAGAAAGUACGAGAACUAUUCGGAGGCAUUCAAGGUUGGCAGUCGGGUCACGUUCGCUGCCUUCACUAGCCUAUCGCUCGCUGACAGCACCGCCGAAAGUUUCGGGGAUCGCAUACUCUUCCAGUUCACUCGAGUUCGGGGCGUCCGCAUCGCAGAGCUCAGCGCAAUUCCAUCAGAACUCGAGAUCUUAGUGGAGCCACCGGCUGUGUUCAAGGUGACCAGCUGUGCUAAAUUCCAUGGAGUAUUGAGCGUAGUUCUGGAGGCGGUGGAAUCUCCCCUGAGGUAUUUGUAGUUAUUUAAAAAACGUACAUACAUACAU